UUAAAACAAUACAUUAUGUUAGAAAUUAUCAGUUUCAACAAUGACUGUCUAAGCGGCUUCGAAACAGCUUCUAUGCUACAUUAUAUCGUAUGAUAGUAUAGGUAAAUACUGCAAACUGACAUUCUAAAUCUUAUUACACUAGGUAAAAUAAAAGUUUGCCAACUUUGUACAUAUUUAAAAAAAAUAUUUGUAAGAGCUCCAAUACUAUCUUACAUUACAUUCGCAAUUAUUAAAAAAUCCUUCGCGUACAUAAUAACGGUAUUCGAAUCCAUCGUCGCAAUAUUCUAUUUUGAUUUAUUUAUCUCGUAACAUGAUUCUUGAUCGAUAGUACUGUUAAUAACAAAAUCAUACAGACGGUCUGUUUUAUAUUUUAAGAAAGCGGUUUACAUUUACCGAGCGGAUUAUUAUAAGUUUGAACGUGGGCUUUUAAAGCGACCUUAUUGUCCAAAGUUCAUUCUAUCUUCUAUGUUUUAAAUAAAAAAAUUAAAGUCACCAGUCGCUCCAUUUUACUAUACUAUAGUAAGUAUCGAUUGAUCGGUAAUCUUAAUACACAUUCAAACUCUAACUGUCAUUUAUAGAAAUGACAUCAGAAAAGUUACUAGAACAGAAUUGUCUCUGCUAACACAUUCUUCUUUGAAUAUACAGCUGUGUGAAUAGCAGUGCUAUAUACAGCUGGUAAGUGUCGAUCCAGCAAAGUUCUUCCCUGCUGUUAGAAACUUUGAAACAUCAGGCAUUAUCUUUCUCGAGAAAUGUACGGUUUAAGGUACAGAUUUCCCACGUAUAAGAAGUUCUAUAUUCUGAUAUUUCAUCGGGAGCGCGAAUAUCGUGAGGUUCACGCGCGCCGGAAGUGACCGACAGUAUUAUCGCGGAUUUUACAAACAAAAAUUUGGUUACAACAAAAAUAAAUUUAAGUUCGUUCAAAUAAGUACGUGUAAAUACGAUAAUACCUCGUCAUUACGAUCGGUAAUUGAAUUUAUAUUAAAUCUGAACGUCAGCUGUAUACUUUUAUCCGGUAAUUAUAAUCCUGCGAAGCAUUCAUAAAAAUGGAUGUCCCUCUACAUGGCGGGGAGGAAUACGAUCAAUUUAUAAAGCCAGUGAUGAAUACUAUGCAAAUAAUAUCAAUAUGGCCUCUAGCAGCAGACUGUGGAUCUUACGAGUAUCUCCUCAGAAUCUGCCAUCAGAUUUUAAUGUUUUUCGUAACGGGUACUAUGUCUAUCGUAGUGACAGCUGAUGUUAUUCACAAUUGGGGAAACAUGGACACGGCUACCGAAUGUUCGCUCAUAGCAUCUGCCUUCGUUUUGUGCUUUUUACGAUUAAUGGUCUACACGUAUCAUCAGAAGGAUAUGAGAUACGUGGUCGAAACAAUGAGAUCUGAUUGGGCAGACGCAUCCUACGAGGAAAAACAGGUUCUUAAGGAAAAAUGUGAUUUCGCCUUUAGGUUGGCAAAAUAUUUCAUUGCUACUGUUGCAAUUACUAUAGCAUUCUUUAUGACCGUUCCUAUGCUAGAGACGUAUAUUCUUCACUCCGAGGAAAAAAUAUUACCAUUUCGUGGUUACUUCUUUCUUAACCAUACUUUGUCUCCGAAUUACGAGAUGAUUUAUAUUUUUGAAAUAAUUGCCGGCUCUUUCGGAGGCAGCAUGAUAGCUGGCGUCACCAGUUUCAAUCUCGUAGUAAUAAUGCAUGGAGCAGCGAGGUUCAGUCUUUUACAAAAGAAAUUAGAGUCUCUGAAUAGGAAUGAUCCAGACGUCAACAAGCUUAUGGUGAAGUGCAUUAAGCUACAUCAAGAUGCUAUCAAAUUUGCCGACGCUCUCGAGGACAUCAUAAACGUAGUGGCGCUGGGACAAUUUGUCACCAGCACGGGCUUGGUGUGCUUCGCAGGAUUUCAGCUGACUUCGAUGCUCGAGGACAGAGGACGACUGAUGAAGUACUCAACCUUUUUGAACUCCGCAAUCCUCGAGUUGUUCAUAUUCAGUUUUAGCGGAAACGAGUUGAUAGUCGAGAGCGAAGCUGUCGGCGAUGCUGCCUACCGCAGUGAUUGGGCCAGUAGUUCCUUUACUCAGAGUCUGCGAAUAUUGAUGAUGCGAGCUACGUUACCUAGCAGAAUCACUGCAGCUAAAUUCUACAGUAUGUCCCUUGAGAGUUUCUCAGCGGUUCUCAGCACGUCAUUCUCGUACUUCACUGUUCUGAAAGCUGUAAGCGAGGAGUAAACAUGGUGUAGUUCAUAAGCAGGGAUCCUUUGGAGUCCUCGAACGUUUCACAUAUAUAGUCAGUCUGCUUAACCUAAAAAUAUCCGAGCGCUUCAAAGGGCCGCGU